AUGUCGAUGCUACGGACAGUGUUAUUUAAGCCGUAUUUGAAUUCUACACAAAGUUCAAGGUGUUCUUUGCUGACAUUUGUAUUAAGACAAAGAUGCAAGUCACUGAAUGUAUUAAGAAGAAAAUUUCAUUCUAACAUUAAAGAAUGCAUAAGUGACAAUAGUACAAAAUUGAAAACUAUUCCAUGUAUAUUAAAGUUUGGCUUUGGCGCUUUAGGUGUAGUAGCAACAUGUGUAAUAAAAUCAAAUAGCUCAAUUGUAGAAUGUAAAGGAAUUAAACCAAGACAUCUUGAAAAUAAUAAUCCAGAAGUAGAAUUUAAAUGGAAAAGAUUUUUAUAUUACCUGCAUCCAUAUCUAUGGCAAUUAUUAAUAGCAUUGACAAGUGCAUUGGCUGUAGCUAUAUUAAACAUUUGGAUACCGCAGUGUGUGGGUAGUGUAAUAAAUGUAUUAACAAAAAUCUGUCAAAACAAUGAAGUUGGAUCUGAGAAGAAUAUGCUUUUGCAACUUACGGAGCCUGCCUUUGCAUUGGCACGUAUGUAUAUUGCACAAGCCUUUUUUACAUUUGCAUAUAUUUAUACUCUUUCUCAUGUGGGUGAAAGGCUGGCAAUGAAAUUGCGACAAGAUUUAUUUAAAUCAAUUAUUAUGCAAGAUAAAACCUUCUUUGAUAAGAACCGUAGUGGUGAAAUAGUAAGUCGGUUGACCAAUGAUAUUCAGGACUUUAAAAGUGCUUUUAAAAUAUGCAUAUCUCAAGGACUAAGAAGUUCAGCGCAAAUUGCUGGCUGUGUUGUUUCUAUAAUAAUGAUUUCAUCAGAUCUUACUGUUGCAAUGGUGAUUUCUAUGUCUACUAUAAUCUUUAUUGGUACACUAUUUGGGAAAAAUUUACGAAAAUUAUCAGCAGAAGCUCAGAGUCAGGCUUCUAAGUCUACAGCUGUUUGUGAAGAAGCUAUACAAAAUAUUAAAACGGUGAAAGCUUUUGCAGCAGAGGAUAAAGAAGUAGAGAUGUUCUCAAAAGAGGUUGAACAGGGAACUAUAUUAUUUGAAAAAUUAGGAUUUGGAAUUGGUUUGUUUCAAGGAGGAUCAAAUCUCUUCCUUAAUGGUAUUUUACUUUGCACCUUGUAUUUUGGUGGUCAUUUAAUGUCAACUGGUCAACUGACUCCAGGAGAUUUAAUGGCAUUUUUAAUGGCUACUCAGACAAUACAAAGGUCUCUAUCACAAUUAUCAUUAUUAUUUGGAACCUAUAUCAGAGGUAUUAGUGCUGGUGCUAGAGUUUUUGAGUAUUUGGACAUGCCUCCUUCACCAAUGAUGGUAACUGGGGAAAUAAUUACAGACCAAUCUCUUGCUGGAAAUAUAAUUUUUAAGAAUGUGAAAUUUAGCUAUCCCACCAGACCAGAACAUGUCAUUUUAAAUAAUUUUGACUUAAACAUUCCUGCUGGGAAAACAGUAGCUAUCGUUGGUUCUAGCGGUAAUGGUAAAUCAACAAUAGCCGCGUUACUAGAAAGAUUCUAUGAUGUCGAAGAGGGAUCUAUUACAAUUGAUGGUAAAGACCUGAGAUCGCUGAAUGCUGGUUACCUGCGAGGUAACGUUUUAGGGUAUAUAGAUCAAGAGCCGAUUUUAUUUGCUACAAGUGUUAUGGAAAAUAUAAGAUACGGAAAACAAGAUGCUACAGACGAAGAUGUCGUUGAAGCUGCAAAGGAAGCAAAUGCUCAUGAAUUCAUCAUGAAAUUUCCGAAUAAGUAUGAAACUCAGGUGGGUGAAAGAGGAGCGCAACUCUCCGGUGGACAAAAACAACGAAUUGCUAUUGCUAGAGCUUUGCUGAAACAGCCAUCUAUACUAAUAUUAGAUGAAGCUACGAGUGCGUUAGAUUAUGAAAGUGAGAGAAUUGUUCAAAAAGCAUUAGAAAAUGCUACAAAGGGAAGGACAGUUGUAGUAAUUGCUCAUAGGUUGAGUACAGUAAAAGCUGCUGAUAUUAUAGUCGUAUUACAAAAAGGAGUUAUUGUGGAGAUGGGUACUCAUGCAGAAUUAUUAAAGAAGGCGGGUAUAUACUACAAUUUAGUAAAUGAACAGGAUAGAGAAAGUACAUGACUCUAGUAUAAUUUUGACCUAUAGUACAAUGACCGGUAUUAUCAGUAUUUAAAUCAGAUAACUUUCAUUGUAUAGCAACAGAAUAUUUAUAUCUAAACAAAAAUUUGGGAAUUAAUACUGGACUACUGAACUAAUAAAUAGACAUAUAUUUAUUAUAUU